GCUAAUCUCCCCCAAUUCUUCUCCUUCCGCUUCUCUCUCGUUCGACGACGGUUGCCCUUCGCCGGAGUAACUAAGGUCCGGUCGAUCUCUCCUCUUCCGACGCCGCCUCUAAUUUUUUUUUUCCCCUUUUUUUUGGGGGGCUGGUGGUACACUGUAUUUUGAUUUCACUGGGUUCAUUUCACCAAUCUCGAGGGCGUCCUGGCUGACGUGGCGGGAGGGAGGGUCAGGAUGCUGAGCGAACCAGAGAAGAAGCUUGGCUCGGCGGGGAAGCGGAAGGGCCGCGAUCAGGGCGAGGCCCAAUCCGUGGCGGAAACGAAGCGAGCUCGGGCCGAGAUCGAGGCCACGGCCCAGGGGAAGGACAACAGGCUCCUCGCCGGCUUCCUCGCGCACGAGUUCCUCUCCGCGGGCACGCUCCUCGGGCGGCGGUGGGAUCCGUCGAAGGGUGCCUUCGAGCAGGGCAUACUUCCACCGGCCUCCGGCGCGUACAGCCAGGCGUCGUACUUGUUGCUGAAGGCGGAGGGAACCCACAUCCCCGGCGUGGUGAACCCUAGCCAGCUCGCCAGAUGGCUUCAAAUGUGAGCGAGGGGGAACUUGAAUCAAACUAAAAAAAACAGGUAAGGGGUUCAAGCAUCCACAGAACAAUGGUUUUAUUUUAUCUUGAUCGAUCCUUUUUUUCGUGGAUUGUCUUUGAGUAGUAUAGCUGAUUAGUUCCUGUAGCUCCUUUAACUCUAGCAAAUGAUUGAAUUUCUGUUAUUGAAGAUCAUGCCUUCGAUGUUAAAGUAUUACUUCUAUUCUGCU